GGGAAGUCCUCAGCUGGUCUUCCAGAACACAAGCACAAGAAAGCUCGAAUCUUGCGCCCCAAUCUUCCCCUGUUUCUUUUCUUAUCUCCGUUCAAUCACCGCCACACUGGGGGUGUCCGAAGCCCUAAGUUAUUGGAAAGUUCGCUGUUGGAAAUCUAUUCAAUACGAAGAAGCCCAAUUCGUUCUGUGUAUCUAUCUAUCUAUAUAUAUAUAAAUCGAUACAGAUACAAGUUCUCAUAUAAUUAUCGGGGUAAUGGCGACUCAAAAGGUACAAAGGUCUCCGGCAGAAAUCGAAGAUAUAAUUCUGAAGAAGAUCUUUCUUGUUUCUCUCACCGAUUCCAUGGAAAACGAUGCCCGGAUAGUCUACUUGGAUAUGACUGCAGCAGAAAUUCUCAGUGAAGGUAAGGAAUUGAAGCUUUCAAAGGACUUGACGGAAAGGAUCUUGAUUGAUCGGCUUUCUGGUAACUUUGUCUCGGCCGAACCACCGUAUAGGUAUCUUGUCGGUUGCUAUCGUCGAGCAUAUGACGAAGGCAAGAAGAUCGCGAAUAUGAAGGAUAAAGCUAUUAGGUCUGAGAUGGAAUUGGUUGUUAAGCAAGCUAAGAAAUUGGCAGUCUCAUACUGCCGGAUUCAUCUGGGUAAUCCAGAUAUGUUUCCUAAUUGGGAAACCAAUAAUUCCAAGACGUCUCCACUGUUGCCAUUGAUUUAUUCUGAAGUUUCACCUUCGAUUGAUGUGCAUGGAGGGAGUAGCAGUAGUGGAGGUAUUGCUUCCCCUCCAGGGUUUUUGGAAGAGUUCUUACGUGAUACUGAUUUUGAUAGUUUGGACCCUAUUGUGAAACAAUUAUAUGAGAAUUUGAGGGAGGCAGUGGUGAGGAAGUCUGCUCUUGGGGAUUUUCAACAGCCCCUGAGGGCUUUGUUGUUUCUGGUUAGUUUUCAAAAUUGUUCCAAAUCGCUUGUAAACCAUGAUUGGUGGAUUCCAAAAGGUCCAUAUUUGAAUGGCCGUGCUCUAGAAAUCGGCAGCAUCUUGGGGCCCUUUUUUCAUAUCAGCGCCUUGCCUGAUAAUAACUUUUUCAAAAGUGAACCUGAUGUUGGCCAACAGUGCUUCUCAGACUCAUCAACCCGUCGCCCUGCUGAUUUAUUGUCCUCAUUUGCAACAAUCAAGUCUGUUAUGAACAACUUAUACAAUGGUUUAUCAGAAGUUCUUCUUUCUCUACUAAAGAACUCAGACACUCGAGAGAAAGUUCUUGAGUAUCUUGCUCUAGUGAUCAACAGGAACUCAGGAAGAGCUCAUUUACAGGUUGACCCCUUAUCCUGUGCUAGUUCUGGUAUGUUUUUGAACCUAAGUGCUGUUAUGCUCCGGCUUUGUGAGCCUUUUCUGGAUGCAAAUAUGUCAAAGAGGGACAAAAUUGACCCUGGCUACGCAUUCUACAGCAGUCGUUUGGAACUAAAAGAAUUGACUGCUAUACAUGCUUCGUCCGAAGAGGUUACUGAGUGGUUGAACAAAGAGAAUAUUGUGCAAGACAAUAUUUCAGGGCAGAAUAAUGAUGGAGAAACGCGAUUGUUACAGUCGCAAGAAGCUACAGUUUCUGGUAGUAAUACUGCCGGACCGGACAGCAGUAGGUCAUUGACAAGAAGCAAUGGAAAAGGCAAAUACACGUUUAUUUGCGAAUGCUUCUUUAUGACUGCUAGGAUUCUCAACUUGGGUCUGCUUAAAGCAUUUUCUGACUUUAAGCAUUUGGUUCAGGAUAUAUCAAGAAGUGAGGAUUCACUCUCCACUCUUAAAUCCAUGCAAGAGCAAACGCCAUCUCGGCAGCUUGAGCAUGAUAUAGCUCACCUUGAGAAGGAGAUUGAACAAUAUUCCCAGGAAAAACUAUGUUACGAGGCUCAGCUGCUAAGGGACGGGGAACUCCUUCAAAGGGCAUUAUCAUUCUACCAACUGAUGGUUGUUUGGUUGGUUAACCUAACGGGUGGUUUUAAAAUGCCUCUGCCAUCAACAUGCCCUAUGGAAUUUGCGUGCAUGCCAGAGCACUUUAUCGAUGAUGCAAUGGAGUUGCUUAUCUUUGCUUCUCGAAUUCCCAAGGGUUUAGAUGGUGUUGUACUGGAUGACUUUAUGAAUUUCAUUAUAAUGUUCAUGGCAAGUCCAGAAUUUGUCCGAAAUCCUUAUCUAAGAUCAAAGAUGGUGGAAGUGUUGAAUUGCUGGAUGCCCCGUAGAAGUGGUUCUUCAAUCACAGCGUCCCUAUUUGAAGGACACCAACUUUCUUUGGAGUAUUUAGUGAAAAAUCUUCUGAAGCUGUAUGUGGACAUUGAGUUCACAGGUUCUCAUACACAGUUUUACGACAAGUUUAACAUUCGCCACAAUAUUGCCGAACUUCUCGAAUAUCUCUGGAAUGUUCCAAGUCACAGAAAUGCAUGGAGAAGGAUUGCCAAGGAAGAGGAAAAGGGAGUAUAUUUGAACUUCUUAAACUUUCUGAUUAACGAUAGCAUCUUCUUACUCGAUGAAAGUCUCAACAAGAUCCUUGAGUUGAAAGAGCUUGAAGCUGAGAUGUCAAACACUGUAGAAUGGGAGGCCAGGUCAGCUCAAGAGAGGCAGGAGAGAACUAGAUUGUUCCAUUCACAAGAGAAUAUUAUCCGGAUUGACAUGAAGUUAGCAAAUGAAGAUGUGAGCAUGCUAGCAUUUACUUCAGAGCAGAUCACAGUACCUUUCCUAUUACCAGAGAUGGUUGAGAGAGUCGCUAGCAUGCUCAACUACUUUUUGUUACAACUAGUGGGGCCUCAAAGGAAGUCACUCACUCUUAAGGAUCCUGAAAAGUAUGAAUUCCGCCCUAAACAGCUGUUGAAGCAGAUUGUAGACAUAUAUGUGCACUUGGCAAGAGGCGAUAAAGAUAAUAUUUUCCCAGCCGCCAUCACAAAAGAUGGUCGAUCAUACAACGACCAGUUGUUUAGUGCAGCAGCAAACGUCCUACAAAAGAUCGGGGAGGGUGGGAGGAUCUUACAAGAGUUUAUUGAACUCGGAGUAAAGGCCAAAGCAGCUGCUUCCGAAGCCAUGGAUGCCGAAGCUACUCUUGGUGAAAUACCCGAUGAAUUCCUUGACCCCAUUCAAUAUACACUCAUGAAAGAUCCGGUUAUUUUACCUUCAUCAAGAAUCACUGUUGAUCGUCCUGUAAUUCAAAGGCAUCUCCUUAGUGACAGCACGGACCCUUUCAACCGAUCUCAUCUUACUGCAGACAUGUUGAUACCAGAUAUCGAGUUGAAAUCGAAAAUUGAAGAGUUUGUUAGGACACAGGUAUUGAAGAGGCAUAAUGAACAUGUGAGCUUACAAAGCUCCAAAGCUGCAAGGCAGACUGCAGAAGGCGAAAUGCAUUUAGUUUGAUUGCGAUCUACAUUUCUUAUCUAUUUCUAGACAGAAGGGGCAUCCCGCAGUUGUAUGUAUCAGAAGAGAUCGAGAAGUGUGGAAAAAUUCUAAUUUUUUAAUUUUUCGUUUUAAGAUCAAAUUGUGGACUUUGAUAAAAGCGUCCUGUCUGCACGCACUUUGGAUCUUCAUCUUGGUUGUCGAGUUAGUCAUGAUAUAUGCAAUGAAAUUGAAAAUUACCCAAA